ACCUUCUUUGCAGAACUUCCGUAAAGGAGUUUUUCUCUUCUGAAGAUGGACCAAAGCAACAUUGCUAAGUAUAUAACUUGAAGAAGCAAAGGAACAUGGCAUUUCACAUUACCCAACAAUCAUUCAAUCCAUCGUUAAUUUGAAUACAAUUCUGAAAAUGGGUUUCCGGAGAACACUCUUCCUCUCUCACAUAGUUCUCAUAAACCUUGUUUCUCUCACCAUCGCCCAGCCGAACUUCCUGAGCUCCGUUUGUAACGACAACAAUAGUACCAGCACAUACCGAACCAACCGCGACGCUCUCCUCUCCUCCCUCGCCAGCAACACGGAUCAAUACGGCUUCUACAACUCCUCAACCGGCGAAAAUCCAGAUACGGUUCACGCGCUCGUGCUGUGCAGAGCCGACACUAAGUUAGGCGUCUGCCGCGAGUGCAUUAACAACUCCAUCGCCAAGCUCACGGAACUCUGCCCCGACGGGAAGGAAGCGAUCGGGUGGCGCGACGAUUGCAUGUUGCGGUACUCGAACAAGUCGAUGGAGGGGGUCAUGCAACCGGAACCGAGCUACCCGGUGUGGAACGUCCAACGAAACGUCACGAGCGUGGAGCAAUUCAAGGUCGUGCUGGUGAACUUGCUGAAAAGCCUUGGGGACCAGGCCGCGGCGGGCGGGUCCCGCGUCAAGUUUGCAUCGGGGAACGCGACCGGACCGGACUCUCAAACCGUCUACGCGCUCGCGCAGUGCACGCCCGAUAUAUCCAAAUCGGAUUGCAGCGAUUGCAUUCAGGGGGCGAUCGAGGAGAUGCCGAAUUUCAACUACUGCUGUGUUGGGCCGGCGGGCGGAAGAAUUUUAAGGCCGAGUUGUCAUUUUCGAUUUGAGCUUGGAUCUUUCGUUGGUGAAAUUCCAGCGACACCGCCAGUGAGUACCGCGACACCGCCAGUGAGUACCACGACACCAUUAGUGCCAGUGCCAGUGAGUACCGGCGGGAGUCGCGGUUUGAAGGGCAGGGCUGUGAGCAUGGCGGCAGUUUUGUUGAACUUCAUUGGGUUGGCUUUCGUACUGAAUCUACUGAUUUGAAAGUGAACGAUCAGAUAGACUUCGAUCAGUGAAAAUUCGUGGUUGAUUUUUUUACUACUAAUAAAGUUGUCCAAUUUGUGGUUA